AUGCUUGACGUUGACCCUACCACCAUGGCCCAACCCACAGCAGCACCAACGUUUGAGCCAUUACCUGCUAAUGCAGGUAGAACGAUACUCAAGUCAGAAACGCGGCGGAUACCUAUACCACCGCACCGGAUGACGCCUCUAAAAAGGGACUGGGUAUUAAUAUUCGGGCCUCUUACAGAGAUACUGGGACUGCAAGUACGGAUGAACGUCCAACGUAGAUGUGUCGAGGCACGGACGUCAAAACAUACCAAGGAUAUCGGCGCGAUACAGAAGGGUGCUGACUUCAUCAAAGCCUACGCCCUAGGAUUUGAUGUUAAUGAUGCCAUCGCUCUUCUUCGCCUGGAUGACCUCUACCUUGACUCGUUUGAGAUUAAAGACGUGAAAACCCUGCAUGGAGACCAUCUGUCACGAGCCAUUGGCCGAAUCGCGGGUCAAGAUGGCAAAACAAAAUUCACAAUCGAAAAUGCUAGUAGAACACGCAUAGUUCUAGCGGAUACAAAAAUCCACAUCAUGGGGUCCUUUCAAAAUAUCAAAGUUGCCCGAGACGCUAUCGUUUCGCUUAUUCUGGGAUCACCACCCGGAAAGGUGUAUGCUGGCUUGAGGACGGUUAGUAGUCGCAUGCGGCAGCGAGCACUAUGA